AAUUCAGUUAUUUGUUUUGGUUUAUCAAAAUUGAAAUGCGAAAGAGUUAUUUAUUUAUUGGAUUUAUGUCAUGCAUAUCAAAUUGGGUUUAUGUGUCGCGAAUGAAAUAAAAUUUUAGUGGUAUCCAGUUUAGGAUUGAGAUGACAAGAAGACCAGUUGAAAUGAAGGAAUCAAGUGUAUUUAGUGAAAAAUCCAUUCUUCCAGCGUGUAGGAUACAAUGUGAACCAGGAUGUAUAAAAAUUGGUGAUAAAGAAUACCAGUCAGCAUCAGAAGCUUUAAAUGCUUAUCUUGAUCAGUUUGACACUCCAGAAACUCAAUCAAGAUAUUCACUAAGAUCAAACAAUAGUUUACAGUCUUCAGUGUUAAAAAUACAACAACAUAAAAUUAUUGAGGAUGAAAUUCAAAAGGCAAAGCAAGAUAUCAAAAUUGAAGUUUUGAAAAAAGCUUUAGAUAAAUCAAAGAAGAGAGAGCAUGGAUAUUUACAAAAGGAAGUUGAUGAUGCUCUAGCUAAAUCAGGAGAGUUGUUAGAGAGGCUAAAUACAACUGAUGAUUCUAUUCAACAAUGUCCUAGUGAUUUAGGCAGUUUAACAACAGACAUUCUUUUAACAGUCAAUCCUUAUCAAGACCUAAAACGUUCAGAAUCAAAACAUGUUUAUUCUUAUCAUAGAACAUCACGUUCACCAACCCCUACCAUCAAAUCUACCUCACAAUCUACAAAUCAAAAUACACUUUCUAAUGGAUCCAAAUCAAAACUCCCACCAACAGGCCUUGGAGCAAAUAAAUCAAAAUCUAAUAUGACUACAUGCAAGAAUGGUCGUGCUUUAAGGAGUAGGUCAGUGUCACCAACAUCAGGAAAAUCAUUCAAAACACCAAGCUGGGUACAAGAAUUAGAUAACUCAAGUAUUAAUGGUCCUCCAAGCUGGAUAGAUGGUCUGGCCGCUUCUGAUAUAUCAGACUCUCUUUGGAAUGAUAAAACUAGAAUAAACCCACAAGAUGAUAAGUUUAGAACACUACCAGAAGAAACAUUAAGUUACCUUAAUUCUACUACACCAGGCUUAAAUUAUUCUGAUCUUCAUUCCAAAACACCUGACAGCAAGCCACAAUCUUUUUCUGAGUUGAGAACAUACACAGCCAAUUUAAUUUCCAAAGCUGAUAAAUUUUUAAAAGAAAGCGAACUAAUUGAGAGAAAAUCGCUUGAUACAGACAUGUCUUCAAUUAAUCAGCCUAGCGAAAUGACACCGAAACGUAAAGGCUUACAUACAACAUUAGAUAAAUAUAUAGCAGACAUGUCUAGUCCAUUCUCAGGUAAGAGAGAUAGUGAAUCUAUAGAGAAUAUGCCAAGAUGUUCCAGUAUGGAUAAUAUGAUGGGUGAUGAUAUUGGUCCUAAAUCUGAUGUAACAGGUGCCAGCACUAUACCAAUGGCUAGUAAUCCAGUGACUCCAAAGAAAUCUGGUAAACCAACUGUAACAUUUAGUCCUUAUCAUAUUGGUAAAAGUCCCAAUUCCAGUGCUAUAUUAGAUGGUGAUAGACCAUGGGAAAAUUCACCAUUACUUAAAGAUCCUGUGCAUGUAGAUAGCAUGAGUCCAGUACCUUUUGAAACAUCUAAUAAAAUAUCCAAAUCACCAACUCUUUCUGGAGGUCAACAGCCUGGUAGCUUAGAAGCACUAAAGAAAAUGUUAUUUAAAUUACAAGCUGAAAGUAAUACAGUUCAGUCAGAUUCAUAUACAUCUCAAAAUGAUAUCAAUCCAGCUGAUACAUUAGAUAUGCCAGCAUUAAAAGGGUAUAAUUUUGAAUCUGAACCAGGUGGCCAUUCACUUGAAAAGGCUUUGGUUCAUCUGUCCCGUUUAAAGAGUUUGGUUGAGAAAAAAGAUUCCUUUAUACAAGAUUCUGUGUUAAAUAAAUCUUCCCAUAGUGCACCAUCAUCUCCAAGGAGAUAGCUAUCCCACACCUUGUCAUUUACUUCCUUAUUCUUAUUAAUUGAGCUAUUUUAAAUACAAAGAAUUUGUUCCAUGAUUUUGUGUGCAGGUUACUAUGCAGGUAACACAAUUUAAACCAAAUAUAUUAAGCAAUGUAUUAAAUAUUGGUCCUCACAUGUAAUAGAUGCCUACCUCUUUAAUUGAAAAGAAAAUUUUAUUGCUGAAUAUUUUUAAUACCUAAAUGAGGUUCUAGAGAUUUCAUUAGAUGUUGUAUCAAAUGAAUCUUGAUCUGCAUUUAGCCCCAAUGUUCCUAGCAUUAAUUAUCAAAUAUGAUAAAUUUAUUUUGAUAUUAUAUUGUCAGUUGCUCAAUGUGUUAAAGUUGUGUAAAGUGUGCUGCACAUUGUUCCAUUUUUUUAUACUGUAUUUUUUGCUCCUUCAUCGAUUCCUUCCCAAUCCUUCCAUUUAGAGUUAAAAUCAAAAUGAUGAUACACAUCCAGUGAUACAAUCCAUAACAGAACAGUUAAUUGUUUUAUGAGGCAGAGUAGUAAUGUAAAUGGUUACAAUAAUAUAAAUGCCAUUGUAAAUGAAAUAUUCUGACUGAAAUAAACUGGGUUUUUGGGUAAUGUCCUGGAUAAAUUUAUUUUACUAAGCAUUUAUUUUUUUUGUGUAUAUUGCUGUGAUAUUUAUUUAAAUUUGCAAAUUAAAUUCUACUACUCAUCG